AUGGGUGAGGUCGGUACGAAUCUGCUCCUGCGGAGGACAGCUGAACAAGCCCACGAACAGAGCAUGAUACGCGACGCAGCACUGGAGAACAAAUUUCGAAAGCUGCCCAAUCCAACGUCGCCCAGAAACGACAAACGGGUGCACAACCUGUCACCAAAGGAGCUGACGAAGGAUCAGAUGCAGGUUUUACGGCACGAAGCUUCAUUUGACACGGCUGACGCCAAACCUGUUAACAUGAUUGCAGUAGUGGAAUCAAUCCUUAGUCAGACGGAGGCAACGGAGGAGACUAAGAGUCUCAUCCGACAACAAGUGUCGUCUCUCCUGAUAGCCCACAGGCCGCGGGAAGUGCUUUCCAAGGUCGAACGUGAUGCACUUAGAGAACUCAAGGCCGACAAACACCUGGUCAUCGUGCCAGCGGACAAAGGACGCGCCACAGUUGUACUGGACAGGACGGACUACCUUCAAAAAGCCAAAGGUUUACUGGAGGACCGACAGUUCUAUGUCCCAUGUGCAACGAACCCUUUAAAGGCGCUGACACACGAAAUUAAUGCUACGUUGUUGGCCUUGGAGAACUCAGGUGCAAUAACACCGACCGACAGACGCAUGGCGAGACCCCAAGAUACGGCUUUGACCCGAUUCUAUGGCCUCGCUAAGGUGCACAAAGACGGCGCUCAUCUCCGACCCAUCGUGUCGCUCAAAGGGACUCCAACGUACGGACUGGCUAAGUGGCUGUUCCGGCGUCUCAAGUUCCUGACCGCUGAGUCAGACACCACGGUCUCUUCGUCAGCACAAUUCCUGGAGAAACUCAAAGGGGUAAGCAUCCAUCCAAAUGAGGUCAUGGUAUCUUUUGAUGUUGCAUCCCUUUUUACUUCUAUUCCCCAGGACCUGGCGAUCGAGACAAUUGAGCUGCUACUACAAAGCAAAUACGAUGAAACGGAGAACCGUCUUGGACACGCCCAAAUCCUUCAGAUCCUGAAGCUCUGUCUCAGGACGUACUUCAUGUUCGACGGGACAAUCUACGAACAGGUGAAGGGCAAACCAAUGGGUUCGUCGAUUUCGGGGUUCAUCGACGAGGCGGUCCUGCAACGGUUAGAGUCGCUGGUCUUCCAACACCACAGACCGAAAUUCUGGGCCCGGUAUGUGGAUGAUAACUUCGUCGUCAUCGAACGGGAUCAGGUGUUGACAUUCCAAGAACAUCUCAACGCCAUCUGCUCGGACAUUCAAUUUACGAUGGAGGAGGAAGAGAACAACCAGCUGGCCUUCCUGGAUGUCCUCGUAUGCCGCAAAGACUGUGGUAAACUAAAAACCAAAGUGUUCAGGGAAGCGACAAAUACGAUGCAAGUACUGGACUUCAACAGUAACCACCCAAUCAGCCACAAACGCAGUUGUGUAAGGACGCUCUAUCGGUGUGUCGAAACGCACUGCAGUGAGCCGGAUGACAAAAUUGCCGAACUACAAUACCUCCGACGGGUCUUCAAAGUCAAUGGCUACCCGCGCAACUUCGUUGACCGGUGCAUACGCAAAAGGGACGAAAGGCCUAACCGCACGGACGCCAAAUCUUGGCGGGCACUUCCGUAUGUCAAGAACGUCUUGGAAGCUGUCGGCCGCCUUCUCGCACCACUAGGGGUUGGAGUGGCACACAGACCGGAGGCAGCCAUCAGGCGUCUGGUCAUGAAACCGAAAGACCCACUGCCACGGCUAGAAACGUCUGGAGUCGUUUAUCGGAUAUGGUGCAGUUGCGGACAAAGCAACUACGUCGGAGAAACCGGAAGACAGCUCCGAACGAGAAUGGCCGAACACGCGACAGCGGUGCGCAGAAAUGACGCCAGCUCUCAAGUUGCGGUUCAUCCGACGAGAUCCGGCCACACAUUCAAAUUCGAUGAGGCCGAAAUUCUCGCAAGAGGUGACAACCGCGUGAGCCGGGAGCUAUUGGAAUCAUGGUUUACUGGCCCCCAGUCCAUCAACAAGUGCAACGAUCUUCCCAUUCAAUACAGCGUGCUGAGACUUCGUCUAGGCGGAGUAAUUGGCCACGCGGGGAGCGCACUGGUGAACACUCUUCCCAACACCCGGGUCAACGAAUCAGAUGGUCGAGCAAUCAUCACGCCAACAUCCAACGCACGUGAUGAAAUUGCAGCAAUUAUCGACUCGAAUAAAUACCGCAGCCCCUUGUGCAACAACCACCCGUUUCUGCUUUUUUGUCUCUGA